AUGGAAAUCAAGAAUUUUGGAUGUAAAGUCGAUGGCCAUGCACGACGUUGUAGUAAUAAGGAGACUUCGUCCAUCGUAUUGAACGAUUUGGACUUGGAGGAGACUUUUAUUCAUGGCUGGGGUCCCGGCGGCCAAGCCAUCAACAAGACUGCCAAUUGUGUUCGUCUCAAACACCUUCCUACGGGCAUCUACGUCAAGUGUCAGGAUAGUAGGGAUCUACAGGUGAAUCGACUGAUCGCCCGAAGGAGGCUAAAGGAGCGGCUGGACGAGAUUCUUAAUGGUGAGAGCAGUGCAAGCGCGGUACGGCGCAGGGAGGCGCAGGCAAGGGAGAAUAACCGAUUCUCUCGAGCGAAAAGGCGGCUGGAGAUGAAGGCGGCGUUUAAAACCAAGUGCCUUGAAGGUGGCAAGUCGUCGGACUAG